GCAUGGCAGGAAGUGACGCAGGAGGGACCGGGAAGCACCUCCGGCUUACGGGUCGCGGCUUCCUGGCUGAAGAGAAGCGGGGAUUUCAAUUUGUAAGCAAGGAAGGAAGGAAGGAAGGAAGUGCAGGGAGGUGCCGCGUCUCCGGGUUUCUGUAAGAUGGAUGAAGAGGCAGGUGACUCCCAACAGGCUCAUCCAAAUGACUCUGAUUCCCUUCAGAUUCAUGUAGAAGUCCAUCAGAAAUCCGAAAGUACUGCAAAGAGAGAAGAUAUCAAACUGAGCACCCUAAAACUUCUAAAUAGGCAUAAUGUUGUCUUUGGUGAUUAUAAAUGGACUGAAUUCGAUGACUGUUUCCUAUCAAACAAUGUGCAGUCCAUUGCGAUUGUGGAUACAGAACUAAAGCUAAAAGAAAGACAGCCUAUUAACCUGAGUAAGUGCAGCCUUUCGAUUCAUAUUUUUCAUCUCAAUGAAGAAGGGCCCAGUGCUGAAAAUCUGGAGGCAGAGGAUGAGGCAAUUGUUGCAGCUAAUCACUGGGUAUUGCCUACAGCUGAAUUCCACGGUCUUUGGGAGAGUCUUAUUUAUGAUGUUGAAAUCAAAUCGGAUUUACUAGAUUAUGUGACUACAACAUUACUGUUCUCUGACAGAAAUGUCAACAGCAACUUGAUAUCAUGGAACAGAGUUGUUCUACUGCAUGGUCCACCAGGAACGGGCAAAACUUCCCUGUGUAAAGCGUUGGCUCAGAAGCUGUCUAUCAGGCUUUCACAUAGGUAUCGCUAUGGACAGCUGAUCGAGAUCAAUAGUCACAGCCUUUUCUCUAAGUGGUUUUCUGAGAGCGGCAAACUUGUUACUAAAAUGUUCCAGAAAAUUCAAGAGUUAAUUGAUGACAAAGAUGCCCUUGUAUUUGUACUAAUUGAUGAGGUAGAAAGUCUCACAGCAGCUCGUAGUGCUUUUCGGGCAGGUACGGAACCUUCUGAUGCCAUUCGUGUUGUAAAUGCAGUAUUGACCCAAAUUGAUCACAUCAAAAGGUGUCCCAAUGUGGUUAUCUUGACUACUUCAAAUAUCACAGAGAAAAUUGACAUGGCCUUUGUAGACAGAGCUGAUAUCAAGCAAUACAUAGGGCCUCCUUCUUCUGCAGCAGUAUUCAAAAUCUACCUUUCUUGCCUGGAAGAACUAAUGAAGUGUCAAAUAAUAUAUCCUCGACAGCAGCUGCUGACACUCCAUGAACUAGAAAUGAUUGGUUAUUUAGAAAAUGACGUGUCAAAACUGAGCCUUGUAUUAAAAGAAAUUUCAAGGAAAAGUGAAGGACUCAGUGGACGUGUCUUAAGGAAACUUCCUUUUCUAGCCCAUGCACUUUAUAUUCAGUCAUCUAAUGUUACAAUGACAGCAUUCCUUCAAGCGCUGUCACUUGUGGUGGACAAGCAAUUUGAAGAAAGAGCAAAACUUUCACAUUGUGUUUGAAAAUGUUAUUCCUGCUCUGUAAUGCUUUAUUGUAUAUAAUAACAGUUUCACUUGUAUGUUGUCUUUCCUCAUGAACCUUGGAACUCCUUAAUGACAAAUGAUAAACUGCAAGCUCAGGUCAUGUAGGUUUUUUCAAGUGAAUGUUUUUGAAGUGUAAUUUAAGCAUAAAGCACUGUAUUCAAGAGCUUUAAUUCCUUUGGGUUAUAAAAACAAACAUGCUGUUUUGUUGUUGUGAAGUGGUUAGUAUAAGCUUUUGUCUUUUAAAAAAAAUUGGGGGGGGGAGCAUUGUAAAAAAAUUCUGUGCUUUACCUGUAACCAGUAUCCUUUUGAAUUGUUACUCUGUUAACUAGAUACUUGUUGUCUCUCUAGUAAAGAAUAAUAAUUUUCAAAAUAUA